CAUCGUUCAAAAAUUCACCCGCAGUAGUGAAAUUCUAAAACCCAAAUUAAAUCUCGCAUUCCGCUACUAAUCUGGAAGAGGAGAGGAUGGAAGCAGCUCACAACGACAACGGUAACUCUGCCGCCGCCGAGGAGGAAGAGCCCAUGGUUGGGCCCGGCCCGGCGCCCCGCGCCCGACCCAAACGCCCUCUCCAGUUCGAACAGGCCUAUCUCGAUGCGCUCCCCUCCGCCAAUAUGUACGAGAAGAGUUAUAUGCACCGCGAUGUGGUUACGCAUGUAGCUGUUUCGGCGGCUGAGUUUUUCAUAUCUGGAAGCGCGGAUGGACAUAUAAAGUUUUGGAAGAAAAAAUCCACUGGUAUAGAGUUUGCAAAACAUUUUAGGUCCCAUCUUGGUCCAAUUGAAGGCCUUGCGGUUAGCGUUGAUGGUGCUCUUUGUUGUACAAUUUCAAAUGACCGAUCCGUGAAAAUUUAUGAUGUAUUUAACUAUGAUAUGAUGGCUAUGAUACGUCUUCCUUUUGUGGCCGGUUGCAUUGAAUGGGUUUACAAACAAGGGGAUGUAAAGGGAAAACUAGCAAUUAGUGAUCGUGAUUCUCCCUCUAUCCACAUAUAUGAUGCUCGCUCGGGCUCAAAUGAUUCCAUUGCAUCUAAAGAGAUACACCUUGGACCGAUAAAAUCUAUGAAGUACAACCAUGAAUACGAUACUGUGAUUUCUGCAGACGACAAAGGAGUCAUUGAAUACUGGAAUCCUUCAACCCUUCAGUUCCCGGAUACUGGGGUGAAUUUCAGACUCAAAAGUGAUACAGACCUUUUCACAAUUGUAAAAUGCAAGACUGCUGUUUCUUCUAUUGAGGUCAGUCCAGAUGGGAAGCAAUUUUCAAUAACAUCUCCUGAUCGUAGAAUACGUGUGUUUUGGUUCAGAACUGGAAAACUGAGACGAGUAUAUGAUGAAUCUCUUGACGUGGCCCAAGAACUCCAGAGGAGAGAUGUCCCUCUGUACAGGCUUGAGGCUAUUGAUUUUGGACGACGGAUGGCUGUAGAGAGAGAAAUUGAGAAAACAGAAAAUGUACCACAGCCUAAUGCAGUUUUUGAUGAAAGCUCCAACUUCCUCAUAUAUGCCACCCUCCUUGGAAUUAAAGUUGUAAAUCUGCACACCAACAGAGUUUCCCGGAUCCUCGGAAAGGUAGAGAACAAUGAUAGAUUCCUAAGAAUCGCCUUGUAUCAAGGUGAAAAGAGCAGUAAAAAAGCUCGGAAAAUCCCUGCUGCUGCUGCAAAUGCCAAUGAAAGCAAAGACCCAUUUGUAGAUCCUACUCUCUUGUGCUGUGCUUUUAAGAAGCAUAGGAUCUACUUAUUCAGCCGGAGAGAACCUGAGGAACCUGAAGAUACUACCAAGGGCAGAGAUGUCUUUAAUGAAAAACCACCUGCUGAUGAAUUAUUGGCAGUAUCAGAUAUUGGAAAAGCUGUUACGACUUCUCUCCCAGACAAUGUGAUCAUGCAUACUACAAUGGGUGAUAUCCACAUGCGGUUAUAUCCAGAAGAAUGCCCAAGAACAGUGGAGAAUUUCACAACACACUGUAGAAAUGGCUAUUAUGACAAUCUGAUCUUCCACCGGGUCAUCAGAGGAUUUAUGAUUCAGACAGGAGAUCCUCUAGGAGAUGGCACUGGUGGACAAUCUAUAUGGGGAAGGGAAUUUGAAGAUGAAUUCCAUAAAAGUUUGCGGCAUGACAGGCCCUUCACGGUUUCAAUGGCUAAUGCUGGGCCGAACACCAAUGGCUCCCAAUUUUUUAUUACCACUGUUGCCACUCCAUGGUUGGACAACAAGCACACUGUUUUUGGUAGAGUGGUUAAAGGAAUGGAUGUUGUACAGGGGAUAGAAAAAGUGAAGACAGACAAGACAGAUAAGCCUUAUCAAGAUGUGAAAAUCUUAAACGUGACUAUCCCUAACUGAAUCAAUUUUCCUUGAAGCUCUUGGUUGAAAGCCAUGAAGAUGUGAGGCCACUUCUCUUUCUAUGUUUACGACUUUUUUUUAUCAAUUUUUCCUUUUAAUCGACCUCAGUAGUAACUAUAAGCAACAGUUGUAACUUGUAAAACGAUUGAGUUAUUGCUAUCAGUUAUGAGGAGUGCAGAGCCUCUUCCAUUC